AUGGCUUCCAACGACACUCCAAAAGGCGGCAAAAUCCUCAUCCUCCCUGGCGACCACAUCGGGCCCGAAGUCGUAACAGAAGCCCUCAAAGUCCUCGACAUCAUCGAGACAGCGACAGGCGUCGCCUUCGAACGAGACUUUGACCUCUGCGGCGGAGCUUCACUCGACAAGCACGGCGACUCCGUCACUGAGGAGGUCCUGAAGAAGUGCGAGAAUGUCGACGCGGUUUUCUUUGGCAGCGCGGGUGGGCCGGAGUGGGGGACCAAGCAGCCGAAUCCGGAGAGUGGGUUGUUGAGGAUAAGGAAGAGGAUGCAGAUCUUCGCCAAUCUACGGCCAUGCAAAUUCGCGAGUAAGACGAUGAUCGAAUGGUCGCCGAUCAAAGAGGAAAUUAUCCAAGGUGUAGACUUCAUGCUAAUAAGAGAGAACUGCGGCGGCGCCUACUAUGGCACCAAAACCGAAGAAGCCGACUACGCCUGCGACCCCUGGGAAUACUCCCGUCCCGAAAUCGAGCGCGUGGCCCGUCUUGCCGGCGCUUUAGCCAUGCAACACGAUCCUCCGCUCAAAGUCUGGAGCGCGGAUAAAGCGAAUGUUCUCGCCAACUCCCGCUUGUGGAGAAAAGUCGCGACGGAGGUAUUUGAGAUGGAAUUUCCACAAGUCCAGUUGCAGCAUCAGUUGGCUGAUUCGCUGGCCAUGCUCCUGAUCACCAAACCCACCGCCUUCAACGGCAUAAUCUUCACCGACAACACCUUCGGCGACAUCCUCUCCGACGAAUCCGGCGGCCUCACUGGUUCCCUCGGCCUCCUUCCCUCGGCCUCCCUCGCCGGCGCUCCAGGAACCAAUCUCGGCCGCAACUCCGUUGGCGGCGUCAUCGGCCUCUACGAGCCCGUCCACGGCUCCGCGCCCGACAUUUCCGGGAAAGGACUCGCGAACCCGGUCGCGCAGGUGUUGAGUCUGGCGAUGAUGUUGAGGUAUAGUUUCCGGAUGGAGAGGGAGGCGGGGCUGGUGGAGGAGGCGGUGGGGAGGGUAUUGGAUUCGAAGGCUGAUGGAGGGUUGGAGGUGAGGACGGGGGAUUUGGGAGGGAAGGCGACGACGAGGGAUAUGAGUGAGGCGAUCCAGAGGGAGGUGAGUAGGUUGCUUGGGGUUUGA